AUGGACCAGGUGGAAGAGGCCAGAGAGCUGGAAGAGAGUGCAGAUGUUUCAGGUGGAAAAGGAGAGAGUGUGGGCCCUGCACCAGGUGACAGAGGCCAGAGAGGUGGAAGAGGCCAGAGGAGUGGAAGAGGCCAGAGAGUUGGAAGAUGUCAGAGAGGUGGAAGAGGAGAUAAUGCAGUUCCAAGUACUGGAGUUGGCAGCAGAGGAAGGAAAGGGAAAGGAGGCAGAGAUGCAGAGGAAGAGAACAGAGUUCAGAUGAUCCAAAUUGACCGAAGGGUCCGGACAGAGGCACUCAUUCAGGGCAUGAGUGAAGUGAGGCUACGAGCACUAGCAACCCAGGUCUUCUCCCGGAAUCCUGGAUUAGUUUUUGAUGCACUUCCUCCAUUGGACAGCACAACCCCACCUAACGCUGCUCUUCCAUGGUGCACCUGUGGGAACUCCAGGGAAAUGGCCACAGACGCUGAAAGGAAAUGCUGUGGCCAGGGGCCUGACUACUGCAUCAGCAAAUUGGCACAUUUUGAUCUGUAUUGUCUGGAAGAUGGUUAUUUGCGUAUUCACAGAGAUUACAGAAAUGAUAUGUUGGUGGUAGCUGAAGUUAUAGAGCCAGGAGAUGAUAACAGACAAUUUAGGUAUGCUGCUUAUCGUCAAUACAUCUUUUGGCAGCAUGGGUCACUGGGUCUGGGUAACCGUCGUGUUAUUCCCAGCUGCUGUAUAUGGAAAAUAAGGGACAAAUACCCUGACCCCCAAGUCCAGUACACUGGCUUUGUACCCACCAUUUGA